AUGGCUGAAGGGAGAGGAAAUGCAAAUGAAAUUGAACCCAGCUUCAACAUCGACGAUUUGAUGGAAUUCUUGCCGGAUGAUGCUAUGGGUGCCACCAAUAUUGGAAUGGAGAAAGAGGGGGUGCUUGGGUCAUCAUCUGAUGUAAAUAAUCUAAAUCAAGAGAAUAAGUUGGUGAACUUGGAGAAGUAUCAAGUUGCUGCAACCCGGUCAGAUAUUGUGCCCCCCAUUAGCCAGAACUGGAAGCCUAUGGACACUGCUUCAGAUAAAUCGAUUAAUUCACAAGCACAUAUUCUGCAACGAAGUACUUCUCCCAGCAUAUAUACAGAAUUUUCUCAGAGUCAGACUUCUUGUAAUAUUAUCUCACAAUCACACCAGCACCAGCAGCUGCAGAACCAAUUCCAUAAUCAGACUGCACAGACACCAAAUAUUCAGCCGUUGUCAGCACAAUUCAAUAUCUAUCAACAGCAGCAGCCUUUACAGCAGAAACAGAAUACUGCUUUUGUUUUGCAGAAACAACAGCAAAAGAUUGGAUAUCAUUUAGAUUCUUCAACAAUGAAGCAUCACGAACAAUUCAAUGUCCUUAAGCACCAUGGUCAAAUGACAUCAGAGAAAAGUUUGCAGCAGAUACCUACACCUAUGCAGAUGUGGCACUCAUUGGAAACACCGAGUGAUACAGGGACUAAUGGUGUACAACCAAAGUUACUGACAUCUGCUUUCCCUCAUUCUCAGAAUCCUAUGCUAGUUGAUCAACAGAAGCCAGUAGAACAACUACAAACUGCAUUUCUUGGGCUUUUGCAAGAAUUAGAGUCCUCUUCCCAAUUCAUGUUGAAAAAUUCCCCUGAUUGGGUUGAUCCAGUCUUCAAGCGGAUUCAGUUGAUGAAUAGUAUGUAUUUUUCUGAGGUGUUUACACUGUACCAGAGAGCAUCAGAAUCAUUUCGUCAGGCAACCAGUGCAGAGUCAGCAACAAGAUCUGAAAAGAUUCAAUUUUUAUAUCUGAAGAUAAUAAAAUUUUUACAGAUGCCAAAAACUGAACUUAUGCAACAUCGCAAAGAGAUCGUUUACCAAUUCAUAAAAGAAAUUGUCUUGUACCUCAAACGGAUUAGGAUCAAGAAUCCGCUUCCUCUGCAGCACCAUCAUCUAAAGGCAUCUGGCAAUCCUUCAAGAACCCCAUCUCUGUUGCAAAAAGGGAACAUUUUACAGUUCAAUCAAGUGAACCCAUUACAUAAUAAUGUACCUACGAGUGUACCUCAGUUGCUCAUGCAGCAGAGUAACUUGAACUUACAAGGAAGCUCUACGAACCAGUUUCAGGUUGGCUCUUCAACAGGGAUGCAAAAGUCAGAUCCUUCGUCAUUAAUGAACUCUUUUCAACAUAAUCCGAUGAAAUGUAGGCAACAGUAUUCACCUAGUCAGGCACAUCAAGGAAUGUCAUUACCUCAUAAGGGUUCUCAAAUUGGCUUUGAGCAUAGAGCUUCGGGUCUGUUGCCCCCUUCUUCUGUUGGAAUUUCUCAGCACAAUACUACUUUGAGCACUCAACAGAUGGGAAACUCGUCACCUGGGAACAGCUUCAAUAAUUUAGAUUUUACCAUGAGGCCCCUUUCUCAAAAUCCGAUAGUCACUGUAUCUCCGUAUAACAGGCAACAGGACCAACAUCUAACAAUGCAGAAGAAGCUGAAGCAACCUAUGCAACAGAUGCUGACUGAGAGGAACAAGCAGCAGAUGGUACAGAAAAUGAAUGAGGAUGCUAAGAUGGCUCAGUUUGCAGAAUUCAAUCAAAGAAUGCUAGUGAAGCAUCACUCAUUGGGCCAACAUUUAGAACAGUAUCCUUGGGCAACACAUCAGCUGAGUUCUACCUCUUACCGGGUUGCCUCUCCUCAAAGCUCUCAAUACUCCUCUACGCAGAUUGAGAUGAAGGAUUUGUCAUCAAAACUUUCCAGAUCUACAACACCAUUUCUAUCCACUGCCUCUCCGUCUGCUGUUCCUUCUCCUCUUACUCCAGUAACUCCAUCUUCUGUACCAACGGAUCAAGAGAAGAUUCCUAUAUGCUCUAGUACAUUAUCCGUUGAAGAGAGGAACAAAGUUACCAAGGCACCUAUUGAACCAUCCUUGCUCCAAUCACGAGGCAUAAGCAAAAAUCAAGUCUCUGUCUCUGUUACACAGGAGUUUCCGAUGUCUCCUUUGCUCACAGAGUCUGCAUGCCCAGUUGACCAUCAACAGUCACAUGCUAAAGCCGAUCCAGUGCAGCGGUUGGUUGAAGUGGUCAAUACAAUGUCACAAAAAGCGUUACAUGCUGCUGUAAGGGAUAUCAACGCAGUCACCUGUAUAAUCGACAGGAAAUCUGGAAGCCUUCUUCAAGGUGGAUCGAGGUGGGUCAUUGGCCAGGACUUGGCAGAUGAUACUAGAUCUUGGGAACAAGGGAACUUUGACCUUUCAUGCAUGAAGACAAGGAUGAAGCGGCGACUGAGGGACAUAGCUGCGGAUGAUAUGACAUCAGCUUUUACAAGAUGUGCUAAUUUUGAAGGUGGCCAGAUAUCUGAAGUGGAAUUUAAUGCAACAUCUAGGAUAAAGAAACUGAAAAAAGAGGUAUUUUGCGAAAAUUCAGGAAUGUUUCUCCUCUCACACACUCAAGAGAAGAAAUUCUAUCAUUUCUGCUCUUCAUUAGAUGCCCAUCACCUUUUGGUUUCUUCUCAUCCAUCUUUUAUUGCAUUUAUACAGUCUAAUGAUAUGCUACUGGAAGAAAUCAGAGAAAUCAACCACAAGCUUAUUGAAACAGUGGUAGAUGUGGUAAACGUGAAAGAUGUUUCCUGGGAGGUACCUGCUGAGGGAACCAUCAUUAGGUGCUUAUAUAAUGCUGUUCAAUGCAAUGGGAAUAUUAAUAUGCUGAAUGCUUCAACACAAAUGUUUUCCAACCUGAUUGUGGAAUUGCUUGUGACUGCUGAUUAUCCUAAUUCUUCUCCUGUAGUACUGGAAAGAUUGCCCCCCAGUUGUAGUGAAGCUGAAGAAGUGAAAGUUCUGUGGACAAAAGUGAAGUCAGAUUUCAGUUUAUUGCUGCGGAAAUGUUCACAGCCCAUUUCACUAAAAGAAAUGGCCAAAACUUGGGAUGUUUGUGCUCGCGAAGUAUUUCGCGAGUUUGUACAGAAAUUUGGAGGAGAAGACUAUAGCCUCCGGUGGAAGUUUGCUAACAUUCGCAAUUCAGAGCAUCAGUGGCUGCUGCUGGUCAAAAUGGGAGCGAAUAAUCGAAUUAACUUUUCUUAUAAGGAGUCUUGA